AUGAAUAUCCCCGGCACUGAAAACCAAAGCCCGGGAAGCUCACAGGGUGAUGCUCAAGUUCCUUCUUCUCCAAACAAAACAUCGAUACACGGAAGCGAUUCUAAUCACGUAUGUUAAAGUUGAAGCUACUGGUCAUUUCGUGCACAGAUACAUUUUAUUUGGGACCUGCUUAUUCUUGAUAUUUGGGACCUGUGUAUUCGUGGAAUGGGUCCUGGUUAUCAAUAUGGAACCUGGAUCCUGCCUUUUGAAUCUGAUUACUCGGAUAGAGUCACUUUAUGCAUAGAAUGUUUGAAUAUGAACUAGAAAUUAGCAUUAAUUAACUGGUUUACUGGCGGACUACUCAAACGGACACCGUUCAUUUUCAGAGGGAGUACAAAACAUUGGAUAGAGGAAUUAUGGUGUACAGGACAAUCAUUGGAAAAGGUGGAUUUGGAACGGUUCACCUUGGAAAAGUCAUCCGCAGCGGCUACAUGGUUGCCAUCAAACUUCAGAAGACGCAAGAAGAGGAACAGUCAUUCAAGACUGAAGUUCAUUUCUAUAAGCAAACGCGUUCUUGGCCAGGUUUCCCAAGAAUGAUUCACUCCUGCGAGGAUGCGGACCACAGAGCCAUUGCCCUGGAACUGGUGGGCGAUUCGCUGGAAGAUAACUUCCGCUAUUGUGGGAAAAAAUUUUCACUGAAGACUAUUCUUCUUCUUGCCGAUCAGAUGAUCACCCGCGUUGAGUUUAUGCACUCGAAAGGGUACAUUCACAGAGAUUUGAAGCCGGACAACUUCUGCGUUGGACACGGAACUAACGACUGGUGGAUAUAUGUGAGUUGCUGUACAGAAGCGAGCAAAUAAAUAAUAGAGAACUAGCCGUAUUUGGAAAAUUAUUAAAAUUCCAGCUUAUCGACUUUGGAAACGUGAAGCGCUAUCUGGAUGACAAUGAUGUGCACAUCCCAGAGAAACACUGCGGUCACGUAUGUGGAACCGUCCGUUAUCUAAGCAUGAACGCUCACAAUGGAGCAGGUAGACAUAUGUAUAAUAUCUGAGUUGAUUUCAUUAAACUACUUGCAGAGAUGUCGAGAAGAGACGACAUGAUGGCUCUAUUCAACAUUUUCAUGUACUUCUUUCACGGAUCGUUACCGUGGCAAGGGAACAAGCACGAUUCGCUAGCUACCACCAUCUGGCGUGUCUAUCAUCUGAAAAAAUAUGCGACUCCAAAACUACUUGCUACCUGUCCGAAGGAGUUCAAAGCGUACUACGACACCGUCGAUAAAUACGCGCACAGCGAAAGGCCGGAUUACGAUUUUCUCAGAAGUCUGUUCAGAAGCCUUGCUUUCAAGAGUGGCUUCACAUACGACUACAAAUAUGAUUGGACUGAUGCGCAGUAAGUGCUAUGUAUAUAUUUUUUUUUCUCUGUUAAAAUUCAGUAAACCCAAGUUUUUUGCAGAUUCCCCUUCAAAUCAAAUUGAAACGAUUGCUAAAAUAAAUAACACUCACAUUUUCAGGAAACUCGCCAAAGAAGACGGUCAGCAAUGUAAGAAGUGA